AUGCCUCCAAGGAAGCUGAAAGGAGCUGCUAAGGCUUCGUAUAAGCGCAGGGCAUCGUCUCGUACCCCUAAACCGCCCUCCCGUCUCCUCGAAGAUGCAGCCUCACCACCACCUACAAAUACAGUCCGGAGGGAAAAACGACCUAAGACAGUCAUCGAACUCGAAGACGAAGACGCACCGGUUGAUGCUAUCAGCAGAUUCGACGACUUCCAGGUCUUCGUUCUCGUCACUGGCAAAAGAACCACAGGCCAGCUUUUGAUCGAUGUCGCCCUCGAGGAGCUCAGUCAUGAUCAUAUGGUCGUCGAAGGCGUCAACAAAUACUCCCUGAAGCCCAAUAUCAACUGGAAAGUCUGCCGUGGAAGGAGCCGGGAUGCACCAUGGUGUAGACUACGAACGGAGGACGACUGGGAAGGCUUCAUUGAUGCCGUCCACACUGAGCGCAACACACCCAAGGUCAAAUGGUCAGCUUUUAUCCUAAUCGAAACACACUACGACCCUACAAGGGCUGCUUCUCAAUUUGAGCUCGACCAGCAAACCCCGUUGCACCCCUCUCAGACUCAGAAAAUGAUCCUUGCUGUUCAGACCCUACAGGCUAAGCACAAAUGCGCCAAGCACCACCAGCAGUACUGCUAUGUUCAUCCUUUUUCUGGCUAUCAUCGAUACAUCUCCAAUGAUCUCCUCAAUCUAUGGUCUAAGUACUUGGUUGCGAAAGAACAUGGGGUUACCGCUGAGGAUCCACCCUUCCAUGAUCCCCUUUUCGCUGGGUUGCUCACACCAUACAAGUCGACAGAUCAGUCGGAAACACCUGAAAGCAGGCACUCUUCGUCCGGUAUGCCUCAACUACCUACACCAGUGACUGCGCCUCGAUUCGAUCUACCGCCGCUAUCUCCCUCGAGUAAGCCUACUCCGACCCCUACCCCAACAACCAUUGACACGCAAAUGCUCAGGGGCUCGAGCCCUCUUCAAGGGCCGGCUGCUGAUGAUUUGGACGGGUUUCUAGCCUAUGUCAAGACCAAGGUUCCGGAAUACAUCGACUUUAAUUGCCAGACGGUUCGAGAUGCAAUUGUCGACAAUGGAGUAGUGCUAGACGAUCUCAAGAACAUCGAUCCGAAUGGCCUACCGCCUGUGAAGCAUGGAUGGGUGAGGAUUAUGCGCAAAUGGUGGCCGGUUUGGAAAGGUAUCCAGCGGGAGCAGCAAUCGAAGCCUAGGGAACCCCUAGGCCUCGAGGUGACACCCUUCGAGGUCUACGAAAGCCAGGAGUUUGACGAAAGCUUUGAUCUAUAG